AUGAGCGCUGUGCCGCCGCUGCAGGCCCUCACAGAGUCGGCGCAGAAAGGAUCCAAGAGAAGUGCAUUACGAACGGCGAAUGGUCCGAAGGGCGGAGUCAGAGCGCGUAGGGGAAAACGCGAGACACUCUCGUUCGAUGAGGAUGCGCGCCGAGACUUUUUGACGGGCUUUAGCAAGCGCAAGCAGCAGCGCAAGCAAGCCGCGCAUGAGUUCGUGCAGAAGAAGAUCCGCGAGGAGAUCCGCAACUCGCGUCUAGCUGCAGCUGAGGCCCGCCGCCGCCAGGCGGAAGAAAAUGUGCGCGCGGAGCGCCUCGCCUUUGGACUGGGUGACGAGGACGAGGACGAUGAAGAGCAGCCUACGUACGAAGAGAGGGAUUUCGAGACGGACGAGCGGCGGGCCCACGUCACGGUCCAGGAGCUCAAUUUAGACGACCUGGAUGCCCCGCCCGUCGCUGUGGAGUCGCUGCCACCAUCGUUGCGCCGCGUGUCCAAGAAGCAGGACGCGCCUCCGGCCAAAAAGACGAAAGCACCGCGUGCCCAGGCGCCUGCCGUGCCAUCAGGGAGUCUCACGGCGAUCCUUGAGCCGGCCGUGGCCCAGGCCGCGCAGGGAGAGACAAUGUUUGAGGUGCUGGACCAGUCGGAGACGAGUGGCAAGCCUAAGAAGCAGUACUAUUUGAGCAAGGCUGAGCGUGAAAAAGAGCGCCGGAAACAGCGCGAGUGGAACCACACGCAGGCAGAGAAACGCCGAGUGGAGAAAGGAAAGGUGGCAUCGGCCGCUAAGAAAAGGCGCACUGCGAUUCGGCGUCACCCGUAG